ACAGUUUCAUUUAUUUUAACCAUUUUUUACGCAUUAUUUAAAACAAUGAAUAAUUAUCGCGAUCCUUUUGGUUUUACUAAACAAACAGCCACUUUAUUACGUGGUUUGAAUGCAUCUGAAUUGAUACCAGAAUGUAAAAAAAGAAAUAUAUCAACUGAUGUGUUACAUGAACUCAGUGUGCAAGAACUAAUUAUGUUAGGCCUUAAUUCUAAAAAAGCAGAAGAAUUACAAAAUAUUUUAAAUAUUGAAAAAAGAAGAUCCAAUAUUGUAAUAACAAAUGUUGAAGACAGGAUUGAACAUUUUCUUCAAAUAAUUAAACAUGGAGAACAACAAUUUUCUUUAAUACAAGCUCUUAUAGCAUAUUGUCGAUUAAGAUUGAUAAAAGAAAAAAUUAAUAUUUUUGUUGAUCUUAAUAAGUGUUUGAGUGCUUCUAAUGUAUUACCUAUUUCUAUUGAUGCAACAUUAACAGAAUUAGAAAAAGCAAAGAAAAAUCUUUUUGAACUUGAAGAAUUAAUUUUAAGGCUCAGUCGCAAUAAGAUGGACGGUGGAGCGUACGGUGGAGGAAAGGCAGGAGCCCCUUUCGAUCCUAUUGCCUUCAUUCAAAGGCCUCAAGUUAUUCUAAAAGCUAUAUGUUUGCUCUUCGCAAUAAUUGUAUUCGGAUGCAUAAGCAACAAAGGAUACAUAAAAAAGGAAGGCGGAAAAGAGGUAUGUCUUUAUAAUGAAGAUCAUAAUGCUUGCAAUUAUGGAAUAGGAAUUGGAGUGCUUGCCUUCCUCGCCAGUAUCGGAUUCCUUGCUGGCGAAUAUCUCUUUGAACAGAUGUCUUCUGUUAAGACUAGAAAACAUUUUGUCUUACUUGAUUUAGGAUUCUCUGGUUUUUGGGCAUUCCUUUAUUUUAUUGGAUUUUGUUACUUAACCAAUGCUUGGAAUAAAUCAGAAACACCGAAAGAUAAUUAUGGAGUGAACAACGUUCAAAGCGCUAUCGCUUUUUCCUUUUUCUCCAUUUUUACUUGGGCUGCCUGUGCAUGGUUCGCGUUUCAAAGAUUCAAACAAGGAACUGAUGCUGCAUUUGCACCAAGUUAUGAAGCAGAUCCUGUUGGUGGAACAGGAUAUACAAGUUAUCCUGAUGCGACUGAUACUGGUUACCAAGAACCGCCUUUUGGUCAACAACAACAACAACAACAACAACAACAACAACAACAACAACAACAACGGAUGCCCGAUUUUCGAGCUCCAGCUUAUUAACUCUGAAUAUAAUUUAUCACUAUCGACACAACGUAAAAAAACAAUA